AUGGAUCACCAUGAGAGGAGCGAGCUGGCUGGACCAUAUCAGAAAAAACAGUUUGUGCUGUGCUUCGAUGGAACAGGGAAUAAGUUCGCUGGAGAUGAAUCGGAUACUAAUCUCCUGAAGAUCUAUCGUAUGUUGAACCGCAGCCAAAGCCACCAAUACCACUACUACCAGCCCGGCAUAGGAACAUAUGUGACUUCGCAUUCCCUCGGCAGCAAAGGCCGCCUGGAACGCAUCAAAUCGUCUUACAAGAAAGCCAAGGACGCUGCGCUUGGCUCAUCCUUCGAUGAGCAUGUGCUCGGGGGGUACAAAUUUCUGAUGCGGUAUUACGCUCCCGGUGACGACAUCUACUUCUUCGGCUUCAGCCGCGGCUCCUAUACUGCGCGCUUCCUGGCCGAGAUGCUCGACUACAUUGGGCUCCUGCAGCCUGGCAACGAGGAGCUUAUUCGCUUUGCGUGGAAGACGUUUGCCAAGUGGCAGCAGCGCCAGAGUGGAUCCGAGGCCAGCGAUAAAGAGAAGCACAAGCUGUUCCGCUUUAUGAAGGCAUUUCGGGAGACUUUUAGUCGGCCUGUGAGUCGGAUCCAGUUCAUGGGUCUGUUUGAUACCGUCAAUAGUGUGCCCAUGUUCGAGAAUGCGUGGAUGGAACGCAGUAAAUUCCCAUAUACAGCGCAGACCACGGCGCGGGUAAUUCGACAUGCGGUCUCGAUUGAUGAGCGCCGCGCAAAGUUCCGACAAGACUUGAUUUCAGACGUUAGGCCGAAAUCAGGGCCACAGCAAAAUUCGCACCGAUUACGGCGUUUGUUAUCUCGAGAGGAGAAUGUAGAGAAGCAAAAUGUGCCUGAGAUUGUUUUGCCGCAGCCGGACAGCGAUGCAGCGAGACAGGGGCGUCGCAAGUCUCAUGCUGGGGGCGAUUCGGAUGAGAUGAGAUACCGUGCGUUGUCGCCCUCACCGCGGCGACGAGCUAGUUCGGAGUUUCCCAGGAACAAUGCGCUGCUGUCGGAUCGCGUUUCGAUGAAGAGCGCUGUAUCGAGAGCGUCCCUUCAAGUUCCAAGUGUAAAAAUUCCGGACGGUGACGAGGAAGAGGAAGCAGGACAGGAUAUUGCCGAGGUAUGGUUCCCUGGGCAGCAUGGAGACAUUGGUGGAGGGUGGAAGCUGGAUCCAAAAGAUCCCUGGCCCUUGUGUCACAUCCCUCUCGUUUGGAUGGUGAAGGAAGCACAGCUUGUCGGCUUAGAGUUUGACGCCGAGAAACUUGAGCAGUUUAACUGCUUCGAGGAACCCCAAGACGUGGAAAUCCCAUGGAAAGAGACCAAUGGAUCAGAUAACUUCCAGGGAAGGGCCCCUACACAAACCGACAAAUUCACCGAAGUUCUCACCAAUACCAUGGAUCAGGCCAUCGUACAUGACUGUCUCACGUAUGGUGGUGGAUUGUCGUUCUUCUCAACCUUGUCCUGGCGAUUGAUGGAAUACUUGCCCUUUCGGCGAAUGGAUCUCCAGCGCGAUGGGUCUUGGAAACCUAUUCGUUGGCCUCUCCCCUGUGGGGAGGUCCGUGAUAUCCCCGAAAACGCACAGAUCCAUGUCUCCGCUAUUCACCGUAUGCAAAUCGACCCGAAAUAUCGGCCGGGGAAUCUGAUCAUUGGCGGGGAGGCCGGGGCCUCAAGCGUGCUCCAGAGAGAUAUGGUAUUGGACAGUGGGAGAUCUGUCAACAUGAGGACAUAUGUUCGGAAGAAGAUCGAGACUCCUUGCCAUGAUGACCAUAUCGAUGAAAAGAAUACAUAA